AUGAGUUUACCACAGACUGACUUGGAAAGUACCAAGGACUUUCGUUACGAAUGUGCCAAGCGGAUCCAGGCACAAAUCCGUCUACCACCCAUGUACAAAGACUUCCGACUACAGGCAGUCCACAUCGCUAUCACACUACUCGUUCCUGUCGAAUCCUUGGUAGAUGGUGGCUUCCUUGACAGCAACCAGGGGUCAAUGCAUUUGCAUGACAAUUUGAACAUUGUCGCAAGUCUAGUCAGACACUACUUCGUCAUGUUGUAUAAAGACAUAUCAAAUCCAAACGAUUAUUGCGACCAGGUGGAGAAAUACGCAUGUGCUUACCGAAACAAGUAUCGAUGUAUAGUGACAGGUGAAUCUCCUUCUUGGGCAUCCCAUAUUAUCCCCUUCUCGUGGAACAAGAACGAAGCCAAUGUAUACGAGACGAGUCUAGUCAUGGGCGCCUGCCAAGCUUUCUUCACCGAUGAGAUAUGCAACGACCUAUAUGGUCUCUUGUCCAACUCGGAUGAUUUUUGUAGUUCGGACAAGCAAUGGAAUUUGAUCAAUAUCAGCGAGUCAGUCGCCGCGGCUUGGUCCUGUUCAUCGCUAGGGCUGAAAUGUUUAAGCAUUAAGCCAAACGAUUCCUGGUGUCCGGAUACUCAAGAGUCAAGGAACGACUCUAUAGAUGAAGAAUGGGAAGUCGAGGUCGAAUUCCAGUGGCUAUACCGACGGUUCAGGAAGCCGAACGAAGAAAUGGACGGUAUAACCGACGAAAACAACAUGGAGCAUAUGGCUGAAGCACAAAUUCAUCAUGAAAGAAUGGGAUGCCCUCCUUUCAUGGAUGCCUCUGGGAUUGCUACCGGACAUAAGGGCUGCAAGCCAAUGCUUUCUGGUCACACCUUCACCAUCACAAUGUUAGAAAAAGAUGCUCGCAAGUACAAGAUUACGCUAGAUCUGCGUUGGUUCAUUAUUUCUGCUGCCGCCAUGAGUUGUGCGGCUUGGUACCCGGAACUUCUUCCUCCUCCGCUUGAAUGUAUGAACUAA